AUGAAAACGCUGUAUCAUACUAUAUUCAAGAGAUCAUGCAUCAACUCGAUUGGUACAUGAAUAAUAAAAAACGAAAAAAAUAUAGAGUUUAUCAUCAGAGAAUCUAAGCUUUCCAAUUUGUUUGAUUCACCAAAACUAUGAACAGAAAGCCUUAGUACACUAGCUACAUAUCAAAUAGAAAGCAACUCAUGUGACCUGAACUUCUUAAAAAAGUACUUCUCAAAAGUGUGAGAAAUGGAUAGCUGGUAUAAUAAUAUUUUGAAUGCUGAAAAAAUUAUGCUUGAAAUUUUGCUGCUGACUUAUGUCAGCCAGAGUUUUUAUGAAGAGUUUGAAGAAUUAGCAAUGAAGUUCGCCUUCAAAUUUUUCGAUAAUGCUUAUAAUCAUGUUAGAGAAUACAUAAAUAGAGAUAGGAUGUUUUCAUUGAUUUUUCAAUCUUUGCCUAAAGUUUGGAAAAAGAUUUCGAAAUUUAUAGCAGCAAAUACAAAUAUCGAUCAAGCAACAAAUUCAGAGGAAUUUUUUAAGAUUGGUUUUUUAUUUACUCUAGAGGAGUUGCACACGGAAUAUUCAGCUACAACAGCUCCAGAAUAUUUUAUAAAAUUUAUUGAACUUCUAAUUAGUUAUUUUUAG